AUGGAGGUGAGAGAACUACAUGCGAGGAGAACACAAGGUAGCACUGAACAAGGGCCUGGUGUUGUAGGUGAAGCCCCAGCAGAACCAAAUGGGAGCAUCUCAAGCCGUCCCCUCUCUGCUGCAGCUCGUCUUUAUGUGUACGCCCUGCACGGCUGCCUCUGUGAGGUGUCCUUCACUGCUGUGUGGGACUGGUGCAGCACCCAGGACAGGAGGCUGGAGGGUCACAGCAGCCUUUGGGCGUUGCCUAUGUACGCCAUCGCCAUCUACCUCAUGGAGAUCCUGAGAGGCCGGCUGCUGGCUGAGAAUUUCCCACUACCAGUGCGUCUGGCGGCCUACAUUCUGUUCAUCUACCUGUGGGAGUUCAGCUGGGGGGCCGGGCUGAGCCUGCUGCGGGCCUGUCCUUGGGACUACUCAGGUUAUAGGUACAACCUUGGAGGACUAGUGACUCUGGAAUAUGCUUUGCCCUGGACUGUGGCUGCACUUAUAGCUGAGCAGCAUGUGAUAAGGAACACUCUGAGGAUCAGACUGCACAACUGA